AAACUAGUGCAAUAUAUAUCGCAUAGUACUGUGCAAACAGAAUAUGUUUACAAAUAUCUCGGCAAGUAAACGAAAAUUAUAAAGUUACACUUAGCGCUGUCCUUGGGGUUUUUUUUUUAUGGUACCGAGAAAUCGGAGCGGAGUGAGACCUCUUCGCGUCUGGGUCGUUCGGCGGGAGCGCGCACGCAAGCUCCUCCGCGACGCCGCUCGCCCCCGACAGAGAGAGAGAGAGAGAGUCAGCGAGGGAGAGACGGAGCAGGAGGGGGAUUUCCAGGCCGAGCCCCCACUUCCCGAAGCAGCAGCCGUCGUUGUUUUGCUUUCGGUCUGGACGCAGAAACGCUUUCCUUUUUUUUUUCUUUUUCUUUUCUUUCCCUCACUUAAAGCCUCGAAUAAUUCAACUUGCCCCAACUUCGGCUCGGGCUGUGCGACUCCUCGGGGCUGGACCGUGAGGCCACAGAGGCCGUCCAACACUGAACAGGCCACGAUGCCGGUAGAAAGGAUGAGGAUGCGGCCAUGGCUGGAGGAGCAAAUCAAUUCCUGUCAGAUUCCGGGAUUGAAAUGGGUUAACAAGGAAAAGAGGAUCUUCCAGAUCCCCUGGAUGCACGCGGCGCGUCACGGCUGGGACCUGGAGAAAGACGCUCCGCUCUUCAUGAGAUGGGCCAUACACACUGGUAAAUACCAGCCGGGUGUGGACCGUCCCGACCCAAAGACAUGGAAAGCCAACUUCCGCUGCGCCAUGAACAGCCUGCCAGACAUCGAGGAGGUGAAGGAUAAAAGCAUCAAAAAGGGAACUAACGCCUUCAGAGUCUAUAAAAUGCUCUCGUCCACAGAGAGGAGCUUGAAGAAAGGAAAGAAGAAGACAGACAAGGAGGGGAAGCCCAGAGGAAAUAAAGAGCAGGCAGCUCCUCCGUCUCCGGACAGGACUCUAGUUGAGGCUAACGCUGGACCUAUUGAUUACACCAAACAGGAAAUCAUCAAGCAGGAAGCACUAGAGCUGACGGUGGCUGACAGCGCACCAGCCAUUCACAGUUCGGUAGAAGACCACGUGAUCACCAGCGAGCAGCUGCCGUUCGUCUGCCAAACCAUCGAAGUGACCACUGAGAACGAGGAGCAGACCGUCAGCUCCUCCCACUCGUACCCGCUCCAAAUCUCUCCCGUGUCCUCGUGCUGCGACAGCGACACAGACAGCGACACAGAAGACAUCAAAGAGCCGGGCUUCGGCCCCUACAAACGCAGCAACAACUACAACACAUCAGUUCUCAGGAUUCCCUCGUGUUCUCUCCCUGGCAUGGCCACGUUCGUCAGCCCGAGCAAACCCAACUUCAGGGUGACCAGCACGCGGGACCCCACCCCUCUAAUCAGCUACACCGACAACUGGACGCCGGCCUACAGCCAAAACUCUAUCGGCUCCACGGCGGCCAGCCACACCCACGAGAUGCGCGCAAGUGUCAUUAUGAAAACUUCCGACGUCACGUCCUCUUGACCUCAGACGAGAGGGAGCACCACCGUCGCCGUCGCCGCCCCCCCCCCCCCCCGGGGGGGCGUAGGAAUGACAGAGAAUGUUUGUUUUCUCCAUCAGGGGCCACGUGGGGCCUUUAGAAGGCGCAACAUCCAAACCUUUGAUUUAUUGUGUAACGUCUGUCUGGGUCGUUCCAUUCGUUCUCCCCCUUUCGUACGUUCAAUUUUUUUCGACCAACAGAGAAAAGUUCUGAGUUCAGAACCAGAUCCCGGUCGUGGUGGUAAAAUGGCAUCUUACGAGCGGGGGGGCACAUCCAGACACGCUCUGUUAUUUCUGUUCUCUGUUGGUUGAAAUGCCCUGCGAGUGGGGAGCACUUGAAAUAAACGCGGAGCUUCUGCAUUGGCCCCGUCGGGCGUGUGACGUCGGCGUCCUUGCUCUUUCUCCACGUCCAGGAGGGUUAGCGUUACCGUCCACACGCUAGAACUAAAAAACACAGCGGAGAGUACGCAGUGACACGUCUGGUCAUACCACGAUUAUUUCUCCUGCUGUUUAGCUGUUUAGUUUACACUAUCCUCUCGUGAAAGAACGUCGCCACUUUUUUUCUUGGAAGACGAGAGAAAAGAUUUUAUCGUUCAAGUCUGCGGAUGAAUACGUUUUUUUUUUUUUGUUUUUUUUUUUUUAAAUAUAUUAAAUCAGUUCUGUUGAUGCGAUUUUAAACCACCCAGACAGCAGGGAACGAUUAAUUUGAUCCCAAAUCAGCUCAGUUUUUGUUACAAAAAACAAUCAAAGGAAGGAUGUUUUUUUUAUCAGAUGAAAGUUUUAACUUUCAUGAUCGGCCCCACAGUGGAAAGCAGGCGUGUUUGUGUUUGUGUGUGUGUGCGAGUGUGUGUGUGUGUGUGUGUGUCUGUCUGGAAACCUCAGGACAAUGUAUUCCCCAACACACAUGGAUGAACUGACAGACAGACUGACAGACUGUGAACCAUGUAAUCAUGUCUUCUCCUCUCCUCUCCUCUCCUGGUGUUAAUAAUGUAUAUAGCUCAUAUGGAUGUAUGCCUGCAAGCCGCUUCAGCACCUUACGGACAGCACUGGCGCGUGUGUGUUUACUUGAGUGUGUGAUAGUGUGGGGAGGAGGAUAAAAGCUUUAUUGAUUAUUUGUGCCUUUGAUAGCGUGGCUGGAUUCAAACUACCUGUGCUUUAGUCUGCUGGCUGGUAGACGUUAGGAAUGUUAGUCGGCUUUAAGUCGACGGCGUCGUAGGAAGCGCGGGAGGAUCUGGACCUGGUUACUACGUUUGUUUUUUUUUUUUAGUGACAAAUAAUUUCUAUUGAAGCUAUAUAAGUUGGAGGAAGAGAUGGAUCCUUUACGUUAUACUGAAGUUCAUUUAAAGGAUGAGGACGGGGCGUUAGCGAGCAGAGUUGGUUGUUUUCUUUUACAGUCCUCUGUCCCUCAGCGUUAAAAAUGUUCCCCGCUGACUUCACAGAGCUCAGGUGUGAUCACAUCCACCUCUUCAUUCCUCCUGCUCCAGCUCUGUCCAAUUUACAUCUCUCUCCCUCCCUAUAUAUAUAUAUAUAUAUAUAUAUAUAUAGUUAUAUUUUUUUAAUAUAUUAUUACGUCCUCUUGAGAAUCACUGCCUGCUCAGUUGUAAACUGAUGAGUGGGAUUGUUGGCAGCUCGCAGACUAAAGCACAGUCGGUCGAGCUCCACUGGGAACCGGUUUUAAAAAGUUGCAGUGGAGUCUGCAGGAGUCGGCGAUGUUCUCGAACCAAACCCCUAGAAAACCUGAACACUGGACGCACCUAACGAUCGCGGUGAAUCUAUUGACAUUCUCACCGCUUCUAAGGGGUUUGUGUUGAGUUUGGCUGUAACCAUUUCUUCCAUGUUUGCCUUAGAGCACCACGAACUCACAGUGACAGACCGCUUCAAACUCGCUCCGCGUUUUUGAAGUUCAUCGUAGUUCAUUAUGCAAAAAGCUGCAAUACAUGGGUUCUGAUUAAACGCGGUCCAUACUAAAUGACUUCAGCAGCCAUGACAAACACCUUCCUGUUUAUUCUGUCCGUGUAAAAGAGGCUUUCAGACACAACGUCGCGGUUUUUGUCGCUGUGGCUCGUGAAGCCAGAGUGCGGCGCGUCGGGCACAUGCAGCGGUCAAAGUUCAUCUCGGUAAAUCAUCAUCAUCGUUGCCGCUGCAGUCCUGGUCCCGUUUUGCGUUUUACUUUUAGGCUGCACUGCAGACUCCCUCUCAGAGCACACAUUCGACCCUCUUGUGCACGUCUGUUGUGGUUCGUUUCACUAAAAAAAAAAAAAAACACAGUACUUAUCUCUCAUCGCCCUGUAUUGGACACUACUUUCCCUCCAUAUCAGUUAUCUUGAUGCGUUUCUUCGUUAAUGGCUUUAAAGACCUGGGAAAGUUUCUCAAGCUUGUAAACAGCUUGUAAAAAGCUUGUAAACAGAAUAACUUAUUUGCUCCAUACUGUAGCAAACAGUUUGCUCGACUCCGCAGCGCAACCAGCUUUGUGUCUGAAAGCAUCAUUUACCUUUUUUUUUUUAUCAUAUAAAUCUUUGCAAUGUGUUACUGUGGUAACAUCCUCUCUUAGUAUAAUAACCAUGAAUUGUUUGCACUGUUUAAACGUGCCAAAUGACAUGCUGCCUGGGAUAUUAAAAACAAACAAAUAAAUAAAUAAACGUGCGUCUUCCCAGGUCUUUGCACCAGUGCGUAUUUCAAGUUAACAUUGUGUUUUUUUUUUAAAAUGUUUUAAGCGUCAGUCGACUUGAAGUUGAGCAAGUUCUGAAGUUCCAAAUGAUCAAGACGUCUGGCCUGAUAAUCAAAUAUUCAGACUUUUCCCUCGUUUGCAUUGCCUUAAUAAAGAAAUAUUAAUAAUUAAACUUUUUUUAAAAAAAAAAACAAAACAAAAGCCUGAGCGUCAUCACAAAGACGCUCAGCAAAGAACUAAAGUGCACUUUUACAUAGAGUUGAUUUCUGCUUUGUUGUAUGUGUAAAAGGGAAAAGUCAACAGUGAAAGUUGGCAGUGGGGAGUUUUAAUAUUAAAGUGAUCUAUCACGCAGUGGGUUGAUGUUUUCCAACUUUUUUUUCUUUUUUCUUUUCCGCAUAAGCAAUUCAGGGCCACUGAAUCACUUAUGAGUUAAAACAGGUCUCUCUCUAUCUUUUGCUUAAGCACAUAAGGAAAAAAGCUGAUCACUGAUCUGCUUCUCACGAUGCACCGAGAGGUUUUCAACAACACGUCACUGUUUAUUCUCUGUACAUUAAGAAAACUACAUGUGAAUCAACAUGUAAAAUCUGAAUAAAGACUGUUUUUGUAUUUA